AUGUCUGAAUUCACCGAGGACCAGAUUGCUGCUUUCAGAGACGCUUUCGAGCUCUUUGACCGAACUGGCGCUGGAACCAUCGCCUACAAAGAGUGCUCCUCUCUCGCCCGAUGCUUUGGCUACUCUCCCACUGAUGCUUUCGUCAAGAACCUCCUCAGUGGCGGUGAUGGAAUCACUGAGCUCGAGAAUGAGCUCUCCAACAAGGACAUGGAAGAAAAGAUGAUCACCCUGGACGAGUUCCUCCCCCACCUCUGGAACAUCUCCCAGGCUCCCGAUCCAGGAAACUACGAAGACUUCUACGAGGGACUCAAGGUCUUCGACAAGAACGGUCAGGGUCUUGUCAGCUCUGCUGAACUCCGACACGUCCUCACCUCCCUUGGUGAGAAGAUGACCGCCCAGGAAGUCGAGAAGCUCUGCGAAGGUCUCGAAAACAACGACGGUGAAGUCAACUACGACAUCUUCAUCAAGACCCUUAUGUCCGACAAGGAAGGCAUCUGGACCCCAGAGGAAUGA